AUGGUUGCCGGCUCAUUACAGCGGAAGGAGGACAGGAAGAAGAAUUUAGCUCUCACUCCCUUUGCAAAGCCAUUGAUCAAGCAAGAUUUCAAGACAUCCAUACUUCGACAAGCCAAUUUCAAAGGCACGAAAUUGCUUGGUGCUAGCAUCUUCGAUGCCGAUUUGACAGGAGCCGACCUUUCCGAAGCUGAUCUUAGGACGGAUAAUUCAUUUUCCUACCUGCUGGCAAAUUUAAGCAACAUGAACUUGGAAAGCACAACUGUAACGGGAAACACAUCUUUCAAAGGAUCAAAUAUAACAGGUGUUGAUUUCAAAGAUGUACCAUUGCGAGAUGAUGAACGUGAAUAUCUUUGCAAAGUUGCAGAUGGGGUGAAUCCGACCACUGGAAACGCAACACGGGACACAUUGCUUUGCAAUUAG